CCGGUCUCAUUUAAAUCCUAACGGCGAAGAAGAUUCUAACCGUUGCACUUCUCUUUACGUCUGUUGCCUUGAAAGCAACCACAAGUAUUGUCAGGUAUGCCUUUCGACGACCUAUUCAACUCAGAUGACCUCCUUUUUCGCAAGGGAAAUCACUGAAUUUCUUCGAUACUUUGAAAUUAGACACUCAGCGGGUAUGAAUAUUCCGGACGUCACUGUCAGGUUAGACAAGUUAACGACUAGCGCCUCUUUCGAAUGCUGAUGUCUUUUCAUCGCAUCGCACCUCGCGGAACGGACUUAAUGUUAUGCUCCGAAAAGAAACACUGAGUUGAAAAAACGAAAAUUUCAAACCUCCGUGAGAAACGCGACCUAAACGAACAUGAGGAAAAUAGGUAAAGUUAUGCAGCAUCGGCCAGAUAGUUUGUUUUCGUGGUUCGUUUGCGUUUGCGCCUCUUUGUGUCAAGGACUGGACCUUGGUUUUGCAGUUAGCUAUGGAGUGUUGCUUCCUGAAGUUAUGGACGAGUUUGGGGAAAGCCGGCAAAAAACUGUUUGGGUCGGAUCUAUUGCAUUUGGAUUGACCUUUUUCUUCGGUCCACUGACGUCGUUUCUCUGUCAAAUGAUUGGAUGUCGCUUCCCUGCCAUGCUUGGAUGUUUUCUGUGUGGUACAAGCUUUUUGCUAACUGCACAUGCGACCAGUCUUCAGUGGAUGUUUUCCACAUAUGGCUGUUUGUAUGGUUUGGGUUCUUCGUUAUUGUUUUCAUCUUACCUUCUCAUAACAGCAAAGAACUUUUGUAAAUGGCGGUUUCUCGCAGUAGGGAUCGUUUCAGUCGGGGGCAGCAUUGGAGUCCUAAUUCUGGGCCCAGUGCUGCAGCUCCUGAUAGACAAUGUAGGCUGGAGAGGAACAUACAUGAUGAUGAGUAUACCCUUUUUUGUGAUGGCGCUUAUUUGUGGUGCUACAUUUAGUGAUCCUAUUGUCGAUUUUUCGAGAGCCGAAGAGUCUACCAUAUCUCUGAUGGAAAUAGAUACAUUAAAGAAAGAUACUGAAAUUUCAGUAAUUGAUAGACAUCGAGAGGACGUCAAUUUAAAAACAGAAAGAGAUUACAUUAACGAGGAUUGCUAUAGAGUGGAGCAAAAGCUUAAUAGAACUAGAUCUCUGCAAGCAGUGGUAGUCAAGGCUAGCUACCUAAAGGAUAAGAACAAUAAGAAUCCAAAUAAGACAGGAACAUUACGAAAGCUGUUGGACUUGUCUGUGUUCAAGGUUCCUUCUUACACUGUAGCGAUGAUAAGUCUUCUGUUGAUGAAUUUUGGACAUUAUGUACCUCAGCUAUACCUAGUAAAAUAUUGCCUCGAUCUCGGCAUUUCUGCUGAUUCAGCCUCCCAGCUUUUUAUUCUUCUUGGUUUAUCAUCCUCCGUUGCCCGCGUUAUAACUGGGAGACUGUGUGACGUAAAGUGGAUAAAUGUGAUUUAUAUUUACCAAUUUGGAGACCUGCUUAUCGGACUUGUUAUCAUUUCCCUCCUAUUGAUAAGAAGCUACACGGGACUUCAAGUUUUUUCCGUUUUUUACGGCGUUGGGGAUGGCAUCUUCACCACAACGAUGAACUCCCUCCUUGUGUUUAGUGUAGACGAGGAGCUCAGAGCAGCUGGAUUGGGCCUAGGUAAUAUGUUAUUGUCAUUGGGGAUAGUAGCCGGGCCUCCGGUUGCAGGACUCUUGGUGGAUAUGUCUGAUUGCUACACCUGGGCAUUUUUUAUGGCUGGUAUUGUGACACAAUUAGCUGGUCUGAUGCCGCUGGUUCUGUUCUUCUUUAAGAAAAAGAAAGACGAUGGCCCUAAGGGAUAUGAAAUCCGAGAAACGCGCUUGUGAUUGAACUCAAUGCUAGAAAUUUUUCCCGUGUGGUGGUUGUCAAAACGUAGGCAGGGAGAGGUAGGAUAAAGCCGAUCCCAAGGAGAACUUUUCUGUGAAAUGUUGACAUAA